UGAUUGGCAGGAUCCGUUUCACUACGUAGCUGUGGGUCACGUGACAUUAACUGCUGCUGCUGCCUGCUGGCUGAGCGAAGCGUGUUAGCAGAUUUUUUUUCUAUUUUGUACAUACAUUGCUUUGUAUAUACUGUAUAUGAUGACUUCAGUGGUCAGCAAUCAGACCCGAGGGACUCGGGACAAGACGCUGCCCACCACCACCACACAAACAACACAGCCACAGAAACAGAUACAGGCCACAGCAGAACAGAUUCAUCUAGCCCAGGUGAUCUAUGACAAAAAUGAUGCCGACUUUGAAGACAAAGUUAAACAGCUGAUUGAGGUAACUGGGAAGACUCAAGAUGAGUGCAUGGUUGCCCUUCAUGACUGCAAUGAAGAUGUAAACAGAGCCAUCAAUUUUCUCCUUGAGAGCCCUUCUGUCACAAACUGCUGGGAGACUGUGGGGAAGAAGCGUAGUCUUGGUAAAGAAGGAGGACCGUCAGACGUUAAAGAGAACAGGGAGAAGAAAGGAGAGAGAGAGGUCAGUCGUGGACGUGGAGGGUCCAGCAGGAGGGGCAGAGGAAUGAGCCGGGGUCGUGAAGGUCGGUCAGAAGAGAAUGGGUUUGAUGUGGCUCCUGGAGAGAGAGGGGAUGACCGUGGCCGCAGGGGCCGCGGCAGAGGGGUAGGUGGUCGUGGCAGAGGAAGAGGAGCUGCUGGUAACAGAUUCUCUUCUCAGGGAAUGGGUACUUUUAAUCCUGCCGACUACAGUGCAAACUCUGGAGCUCAGCAUCAGCAGGAGAAUUGGGAUGGUGAUGGCAAUGAAACUGCUGAGGGAACUGGAACUUGGGGAGGCAAUCUGGAAGAGUGGACAGAUGACUGGAAUGAGGAUUUGUCUGAGACCAAAGUGUUUACUGCUUCUUCUGCUCCAACAAACCACAUUGUACAAGGACAAAGCGUGGACCUGGCUACCUUACUGCCUAAGACUGCGGGGACUGUAGGAGGUUCCAUGGAUCCUGACUUGGGAGCAAUUGGCGAUGGUCCCUCUUCAGAUGAUUUGGGCCAAAGCCUGGUGUUCACCAAUUCUCAUCACAAUGGUCGCAGUGCACCACACAGCUACGCACAUGCCACAGCCAACAGCUAUGCCCAUGCCGCCUCUGCUAACACCACCUAUGCACACGCUGCGCUGUCUUCAGUCAUAGGUUCAGGUUUUGGAUCCCUGAAUGCACCUAAGCAGGUACCUGCAGCUGACAUUCGGACAUCUGAGCAACUCAAUGGUCCUCGGCUUGGCMAGAGAACCAGUCAGAUGUUGGUGACCGCCAGCAGCAGUAAUGUUUCCAAAGAAGCAGGACCACCUCCAGUUCAAAGUCCUGCUCUUGCCCCUUCCCCCUCUGUGGAUGCCAAGGCCCAAAGGGCAGAGAGCAGCCCUAUCAUGUCUCAAAACUUGGAAAUGAAACUUCAGCCAGAGCCAUCAGCAGUGCUCAGCCAGCUGGCUCAAAGGCAGCAACAGUCCUCCAUCCUUACCACUACAGAGCCUCUGGGCCUGUCUCAGUCACACGCACCACAGGUCCCCACACCACCAGGCCAUGAAUCCUCUACACCACCGGUAAGGGAUGGAGCUUCUCCUGGAAGCAAACCACCAGGUCUGGAGUUUUCAAUAACUGAGGCCCCUCACCGGCAGUUAAAGACACAGAGACGCAGAGCACCUCCUCCUUCUAAGAUUCCAUCGACAGCCGUGGAGAUGCCCGGCUCAGCAGAUAUGUCUGGUCUGAAUGUUCAGUUUGGAGCUCUUGACUUUGGGUCUGAAGCUGGCAGUGUAGCGACAGAUGUGUCACAGACAGAGUUGUCCAGAGAGCAUGCCCCUACCCUGGCUCCAACAAGUAUACCAACUUCGGCUGCUGUUUCCACACAGCAGCAACAGAGCAGCAUUUUCCCCAAACAAGGAGCUGUGAGUGAACACAUGAGCAGCUUACCCUCAGCUGUAUCAGAUGGCAGCUUCCCUUCACCAUCUAUGGGCCUACCCAGUGCUGCUCCCUCUGCUUCUCUUGGUCUCCCUAGUGCAGCAGCACCACCCUCCUCUUCUAUUCCCACAACAACCAAUCGUGUGGAGAACAGUGGUUCAAGGGCCCUGCCUCCCCAUCUUGGCUUCUCUCAGAACAAAGAUGUCCCAUCAGCUUCUAGUGCACCUCUAAUGAAUGGCUACAGUGGUAUGAAGGCACAGAGCACACAGGAAGUUACAUCAUCACCAAGAACGAUAAAAACGGAGUCUACUGUUAUGACAAGUGACGGCAGCUCUGGCCAUCACAUCCCUUCUCCUGCAGUUACAGCUUCUCACUCAGCACCUGUCUCAUCGCUCAGCAGUCAUGUGAGCAGCUCUCUCUCAUCUGGAGCCGCUCUCGCCACAAAUUCCUCUCUUACAAUAACUGAGGAGAGUAGCAACAACCUCCACGCCUUUUCAACAUCAUCCAAUCAAGUUGUAAAUCCCAGCGCUCCCCUGAGCGUUAGUUCUUCGACCAAUGGACUGCACCAGUCAGGAGGGCCAGGACUAGUAACUCCAAAUGGCACAAACACAGUCCCAGCUGCAGGCAGCCGCACGGCACCUCAACUCACCACAACUUCUGGUAAAGCUCCUCCUAACCUGGCCCAAGGAGUGCCUCCUCUCCUGGCCAACCAGUACAUUAUGGGCCCUGGUGGCUUGCUCCCUGCUUAUCCACAGAUCUAUGGAUACGAAGACCUGCAGAUGUUGCAGUCUCGCCUCCCUUUGCAUGACUUCUAUGGUGUGACAUUCCCUGGUGCUACGGCUCCAAUGCCUGGAAGAGAUGGCCUGCCCAAUAAUCCUUACUCUGGUGAGGCAACAAAGUUUGGCAGGAAUGACUCUUCUCCACCGGCACCCCCGACCAGCUUGUCUACGGCUGGGGUUCAGUCACAGCCCCAACAGACACAGCAGGCAGGGACACAAGGUCAAGGGCAGAACCAGAACCAGGGACAGCAGACACAGAACCAGGCCUUCCUCAACCCUGGCCUACCGCCUGGCUAUGGAUACACUGGUCUGCCAUACUACGCCGGCAUGCCUGGGGUUCCCUCAGCCUUUCAGUAUGGCCCAACGGUCUUUGUGCCUCCAGCUUCUGCCAAGCAGCCUGCAAUGGGCCUGGCCAACCCCUCCAGUCAGUACCACCAACAGCAUCAGCCCAGUUAUGGGCAGCACGCAUAUGGCACAGCCUUUGAUGACCUGUCUCAAGCCCACGGUGGGGAAUACAAUAAGGCAGGGUAUGGAGGUUCUGCCCAGUCACAGGCCAAGUCAGCGGGCAGCGGCCCAGGGAAAGGAUUGACAGGAUCAGGUACCAGUGGUGGAGUUCCUGACAUGGGAGGUUCCAUAUACGGCAAAACACAGUCAUUUGACAAGCAAGGCUUCCACACAGGGACGCCUCCUCCCUUCAGCCUGCCUUCAGCGCUGGGAGGGACAGGGCCGAUGAACCCCGGGGGCGCACCUGGCUAUGCCCCUGCACCCUUCUUGCACAUCCUGCCUCCACACCAACAACCCCACUCCCAGCUACUGCACCAUCAUCUCACACAGGAUGGACAGGGUGGUCCUGGUCAACGCAAUCAGUCCAGCAGUAUGCAGCAGAAAACCCAAGGCAGCAAGUCCAGCUACGGCAGCUCUCCAUACUGGGCAAACUGAGGAAUGCUUUCCAUUCUCCUCUCCACCAUAAGGCUGUGUGUGUGUGUGUGUGUGUGUGUGUGUGUGUGUGUGUGUGUGUGUGUGUGUGUGUGUGUGUGUGUGUGUGUAAAGCUAAAACAAACAAAACAAAGCAAACAGACACACAAUGAGCAUCUCUGCUCUCCCCACCUCCCCAAGUCCUCAUAAGUCUUUUGGGUUCUCUCUUGCCCCUCUUUUCAGAAUUGGUUGUACAUGUAAGAUAUUUAUGUAUGUAUUUAUAUAUAUAAAUAUAUAUAUACUGUAUAUGUAAUAGUAGAACAUGAAAUGUGGUUAUUGCAUUUUAUUUUUGAAGGACUUUUGUUUACCCUUUUUUUUUUCAAAACUGCAGAAAAAGAUGUUGCAUUAUUGAGCAUGCGGGGUUAUAAAUCAGAUUUUUUUAAAGAGAAAGCAGUAGCACUGAUUGCAUAUGAGGACGCUUUCAGGUGGGGGUGGGGUUUAUAAUUAACUGCAUCUGUCUCUCUUUUUUUAUUUUGUACAAGACUCCUAAAAUGGUCAAAUUCAUCUCCCUUUAACUUAAUUUUAUAUCUUCACGUUUCCCUCCUCCUCCCUCUUCUGGACGCUACCCACUCUGUUUUGACAUCUUUUUAAAAACCGACUUGCCCAACCAAAUUUUAUAUUUAAUUUUAACCAUCAUUUCUCUCUAAAUAAAGUUCUGAGCACUUUGAGCUCUGAUCCAUG